GAAAACGUGAACAAGCAAGCAAGAAAGCUUCCACUUCCAAGCCAAGCCUACAAGUUUUCUUCUUUAUUUGUGAAGCAAAGAGGAACAUACAAAAAAACUAUUCGUUCCUGUUCUUUGUGUGUAACUGGUUGAAUUGUGCUAGUAUUACUAGAAUUCUAAACCAUCUUCCAUUUAAAAGAUGGCUGACAACGAUGAUCUUUUGGACUACGAAGAUGAAGAGCAGCCAGAGAAUACCGUAGUUGAUGGAUCAGGAGACGCAGCACCUAAAAAGGAAGUGAAGGGAAACUAUGUAUCAAUUCACAGUUCCGGUUUCAGAGAUUUCCUUCUGAAACCUGAAAUUUUGAGAGCAAUCCUUGACUGUGGUUUUGAACAUCCAUCUGAAGUGCAACAUGAAUGUAUUCCUCAAGCUGUACUUGGAAUGGACAUAUUGUGUCAAGCGAAAUCCGGUAUGGGAAAAACUGCUGUAUUUGUGUUGGCGACAUUACAGCAAAUUGAACCAACUGACAACCAAGUCAGUGUAUUGGUCAUGUGUCAUACCAGAGAGCUUGCAUUCCAAAUCAGCAAAGAGUAUGAACGAUUUUCGAAAUGUAUGCCAAACAUCAAGGUUGGAGUUUUCUUCGGCGGACUGCCGAUUCAGAGGGAUGAGGAGACGUUGAAAUUGAACUGUCCUCACAUCGUGGUUGGAACACCCGGACGAAUUUUGGCGUUGGUACGCAACAAGAAGCUGGACCUCAAGCAUCUCAAGCACUUUGUCCUUGACGAAUGUGACAAAAUGUUGGAACUGUUAGAUAUGCGAAGAGAUGUGCAGGAAAUAUUCCGAAACACGCCGCACAGCAAACAAGUCAUGAUGUUCAGUGCAACUCUCAGCAAAGAAAUUCGUCCAGUCUGCAAGAAAUUCAUGCAAGAUCCGAUGGAAGUGUACGUUGAUGACGAGGCCAAGCUGACGCUUCACGGCCUGCAGCAGCACUAUGUCAAACUCAAAGAAAACGAAAAGAACAAAAAGUUAUUUGAAUUACUUGACAUACUUGAAUUCAACCAGGUUGUUAUAUUUGUGAAGUCAGUGCAGCGCUGCAUGGCCCUAUCGCAACUCCUAACAGAGCAGAACUUCCCUGCAGUGGCCAUUCACCGUGGCAUGACACAAGAAGAACGAUUGAAGAAAUAUCAAGAGUUCAAAGAGUUCCUAAAGCGAAUUUUGGUAGCAACGAAUCUGUUUGGCAGAGGAAUGGAUAUUGAGAGAGUCAACAUUGUAUUCAACUAUGACAUGCCUGAGGAUUCAGACACUUACCUGCAGUGGCCAUUCACCGUGGCAUGACACAAGAAGAACGAUUGAAGAAAUAUCAAGAGUUCAAAGAGUUCCUAAAGCGAAUUUUGGUAGCAACGAAUCUGUUUGGCAGAGGAAUGGAUAUUGAGAGAGUCAACAUUGUAUUCAACUAUGACAUGCCUGAGGAUUCAGACACUUACCUGCAUCGUGUAGCCAGGGCAGGACGAUUCGGAACAAAGGGAUUAGCCAUCACCUUUGUGAGCGAUGAGAAUGAUGCGAAAAUCCUGAACGAUGUCCAAGAUAGAUUCGAUGUCAACAUUACUGAACUACCUGACGAAAUCGACCUCUCUUCAUACAUUGAAGGACGAUAGGUGCUUCCUCACCGUACAAUGUUCUUAACCAGCAGUCGAGCUAUUUCUAAGGAACUCCGUAAUAAUACAGGAGAUGUUAGAUUAAUUUUACUUUUAUUCUGCCUGAUCUUAAUUUAAAUUAGUUGACUCACCUAUUGAUGUGUGUUGUAUUUUUCACUAUAGCAUGAUUUGAAUAAGAUAAAAAUACAUUUCCACUUUGUGUUAUUGAAUCGAUGUAAAUCAAUAUUUUAAUUACUUUUUUGUACAAGUGAUAUGAUUUGUUUGUUCUAUGAACAAAUUGCAUUUUCGAAUAAUAUCAUCGUAUGUCAUUCUAA